AUGGAUACUUCUGCACUGCUAGACCAGCUGAAUUGCUGCAUCUGUUUGAACAUUUACAGAGAUCCCGUAGCGCUGAGAUGUGGACACAGCUUCUGUCGGGUCUGUAUCACGAGUGUCUUGGAAACCCAAAAGCCUUCUGGAGUUUACAAAUGUCCAAGAUGCAGAAAAAGAUUUCAAGAAGAACCGUCAGUGCAGGAAAACAUCUCUCUCCGUCAUAUAGCAGAUCACUUACUCUCUACUCAGCCGAAGCAAGAGCAGACUGGGAUCCUCUGCAAUUAUUGUAUUCAUUCUCAAGUACCGGCUGUUAAAACCUGUGUGCUUUGUGAAGCUUCACUGUGCGAUAAUCAUGUGAGGGUCCACAGCAAGUCAGCAGAACACAUCUUAACAGACCCCACUACCUCCUUGGAGAGCAAAAAAUGUUCUGUCCAUAAUGAGAUCCUUAAAUAUUUCUGCUCUGAUGAUAAUGUCUGCAUUUGCGUGUCUUGCUCCUUGGUUGGAGACCACAAAGGCCACCCAGUAGAGAUUCUGCCAGAGGCUGCUGUUAAAAUGAAAGAGACCUUGAAGGAAGUCCUGGAGCAACUGACCUCAAGCAAGACGAAAACUGAGGGGAGGCUGCAAACUCUACAGAAGACCAAGACAACGGUGCCGGAAACUGCAGCUAACAUGAAAGAGAAAGUUGCCGCCCUGCUGAAAAACAUCAGGGAACAGUUGGAUGAGUUAGAGAAGAAAGCCAUGAGUCAGAUCUCAACACAGGAAGAAAAUGCAUUAAAGUCAGUUAGUGAUUUGAUCCAGAAGCUGGAAGAAGACCGGGAAGACCUUGCAAAGGAGAUCGCUGACACCGAGGAGCUGUGUGAAAUGACUGAUCCCUUAAGUGUCCUACAAGCAUGUGAAACCGACAUGGAUGAGGUAGAAAAACAUGAGGACAAUAUAACAGAUGAUCAAGUUUAUUCUGCUGGAAAAUUAGAUGAGGGCCUGGUUUCAGAACAUUUACACAUAGGAUUCUGCAAUAUUCUGAAUGAUAUGAAGAAACAUCUUCAGAUACAUGAAAUAACCAAUAUAACACUGGAUGCAAAUACAGCGUCUAACAACGUAUUGUUAUCAAACGACUACAAAUCCGCUUGCAAGAACAACCAGGACAACCAUUGCUAUGAAAGCCCACAGAGGUUCAAGCACAAUGCUCAGGUCUUGAGUUUAGAGAGUUUUGGGGGACAAUGUUAUUGGGAUGUUGACACUGAGAGGUCAAACUACUGGAUUAUAGGGAUGUCCUAUAGCAGUAUAGCCCGAGAGGGGUCAAAAUCAUGGAUUGGUUCCAACAAUAAAUCUUGGGGUUUACAUAAAGCAGGCUACACUUAUAAAGUGAGACAUAAUGAUAAGGAAAUCUCUCUCCUUGGAAAUUUCGGCCAGGGACAAAGAUUCCGAGUGUAUCUAGAUUAUGUGGCUGGGCAUCUGUCCUUUUAUGAGCUAAGUGACCAGAUCAGACAUAUACACACCUUCACUGCCACCUUCACUGAUUCCCUUCACAUAGCUUUGUGUGUAUAUGACAGUAGAUGGAUAAGAAUUAUAAUUUAG